CUCGUUGGAUCAUUAGUUCAGUAAUCUCCCUCUCCUCUCCUUGAGACGCACGACACGCCCCUGGUUCCUGCUUGCGCGUCAACUCCUUUAUUUUGGUUACGGGCACAUGGCACCGCGAGCUCACCCCUGAGUACCGCUCUGCGCGCGCAGUCCAAGGUGGCAUUGGCGCGUGCCAUCUUCAGGUUUGACACGACAGAAGAAGGCUGGCAGAGAAGAGACAGAGGAGACCUGCUCUAAAUUAUUCUGUUUUUGUUUGUGUUUUGGAGAGAAGUUGUUGACAAGCUGAACGAGUUGUUUUUUGACGAUAAAAACAGGAACAUUAAGCAGGUGGAGAAAUCAAAAUCACACUCAAAUCAACUUGGUUUUUGACUCAAGUGUGUUAAUCUGAUCACUAAAUGGCACUGAGAGUGAACCUGAUUGGUCCCUCGCCGUGGGGCUUCAGAAUAUAUGGAGGACGAGACUUUAAGAAGACCAUAAUUGUCACCAAGGUCAAUGCUGGCAGCAAGGCAGAGCAAGCAAACCUGCAAGCUGGGGACUUAAUCUUGGAGAUUAAUGGAGAGAACACAGCUGAGAUGCUGAACGCAGAGGCCCAGAACAAAAUUAAGAGCUCCAAGACCAACCUGCAGCUGCUGGUGGAGAGACCUGAACCUUCCAGCCCCGGACAGACCAACGGCAUCAGCACCCCGGAACAGCUCACUGGACGCUUCCAGGAGGCAGUCAUAGUGAGUCGAGAUGAGAACCAGAACUAUAGAGAGUACACAAUCUCAAGCCCUAAGUCUCUGUCCCCUGGACCGUACUCAUCUUAUUCUCCUGGUGGUUUGGACAGAACGGACAAGCUGACACCGAUUUUCAACAAGAGUGUCCAGCAGCGCUCAUGGUCACCAGAGGAAAAGAGCAACCAGCUGUCCAGACCACUGUCCCAGGAGUUCUUCCCCUCAGACUUCAGACAAAACUCUGUGUCCAGCAGAACCCCCACCCCACCAGGACGAUACUCGCCUCAUAGCCCCAUUGAUCAAGAUGUGCCCUUGUCCCCAAGAUGCAGCAGUUCCAGUUCUGAGUUUGCCAUGCAGAAGUUUGACAGGGAGUCAGAGGUGUACAAGAUGAUCCAGGAGAAUAAGGAGUCCCGUGCAGCUCCUCGGCAGUCCAAUACCUUCAAAGUGUUACAGGAGGCUCUGGAGGCUGACGAGAAAGGAGCAGCCUUAAUGUUUCCUGGGAACCUCUCACCCAACCCAGUUAAAACGAGCCCAUCGGCUGGAGGAGUCAGCAAACACCACACCUGUGAGAAGUGUGGCACCAGCAUCGUCACACAGGCAGUGCGCAUCGGUGACGACCACUUCCGCCACCCAGAGUGCUACACCUGCUCUGACUGUGGGCUCAACCUCAAGAUGAGAGGUCACUUUUGGGUUAAAAAUGUAAUGUAUUGCGAGAAGCACGCCAAAGAGAGGUACCAGGGCCCCGAAGGUCCAUUCCAGUGACCGUGUCCCCCCGCCAAUGAGUUGGCUGUUCAGCUCCUGUCUUCAUUCUGGAUGAAGAGUGCUGCCUGAAACACCUCAUCUGACUCACUCAUAGACUGUGGCAUGUAUUGGAGUGGAAGCUUAAAAUAAUUUCUAACAUUUAUUCAUAUUUUGCAAAAGUAUGAUACACUUUGAUACUUGUAUUUUCAUGAAAACUGGGGCUUUGUUUUAUUUUUUGCUUUUCAUGUGGUGCAGCCUCAUCUGUCUCGUUAAGAUAUUCUUUGCUCUAAUAAUUCACAGCAGCCAUAAACUCAAGCCACAUUGUUAUACUUAAACCAGAUUUAAACAACACUUUAGCCAAGUUCACAAUAAUCAACUCGGACAAAGAUCACCAUUGGAAUUUUCUGUUGACAUAAAGGGACUGAUAUUUAAGUAACUCUGCAUGCAGUUUUAAAGGUGUACAGUGCAGACUGUGCUGUAAGGGGGUGAGUGCAUGCUUUCACAUGCAGAGGGGUAUAGUGGAUUCUGCAUGCCUUGCUUUCAUCUGUGUGCAUUUGUGCACAUAAACAAGUAAAAACAAAAAAAAGUUUGUGAAUUUCUUGCUAGAUCCAGACCAAAAAUAUCUUAAAUAUUUUUCUGUCUUUUCUUUUGUUAACUGAAUUUAUUAGAAAUAGAGGGAGGAAAAAUAAUUUACAGACUUGUUUUGCUGUUUUAUAGGUUUUGAGGGACUAGAUCUCCAUUCAGUAUGCAAAUGUUUUUGAUGUUUUUGUGAUGCAGAUGUUAUAUAUAUAUAUACAUAAUAGAUCAUUUAAAAUGCAUAUUGUAUGCACAGGACAUUUAGCGUGAAAUGAAUUCAUGAUACUACACAUGUCCAAAUACAGCAGUAGUCAGUGAACGUUCAUGUUCACAUUUCAUGUGGAUUAUAAUAAAAUUGCACAAUUUGAAGCUUCUCUGGUUUUUAUGGUCAUGUGAAAGUUUCAAAGUGGGAAAGUGCCCUGUAUUUCAUGCUGUAAUUUCUGCCUUCUACAGAUCAGUUAAUAACACCACACAAUACUAAAAGAAUAGGUUUUUAUAUUUGGCAUCUUUUAAACAACAUUUUGUUGCUCAUUGACAGUAAAACCUAAUAAAAACUACAAACCA